CCACUGAAAGGAGCUAGCAAGGACAGUGCCAGGGUGCCAGCUUGCUGCAAUGGCGCUGCCUCUGAGGUUCUUGAAUCGUGGCUUUGCGAGUGCAGCCAAGGGAGAACACGGAGGAGCAGGAGCCGGCACUUGGCGUCUGUUGACCUUCGUGCUGGCGCUUCCCAGCGUGGCCCUCUGCACCCUCAACUCCUGGCUCCAUGCAGGCCACCAACAGCGUCCCGAGUUCAUCCCCUACCAUCACCUCCGCAUCCGCACCAAGCGCUUUUCGUGGGGGGACGGCAACCACACCUUGUUCCACAAUCCUCAUGUCAACCCUCUGCCCACUGGCUAUGAGUACCACUGAGACCCAGGCGCAAUAAAGGCUGGAAACCCUU